AUGACGGGGCUGGUCAGUUGCGGCGGCGGCCCUGUUGCGUUGGUGAUCUGCUGUGCUGGUGGAUCAGCAGGCGGUUGUGCUUCGGUUUUUUGGCUCCUGAAAUUUGCGAGGAUCUCGUAUCGUUUUCUGCGUUUCUUGGAUCAAGCUCUUCUAGCGAUGAAAAUCGAAACAAAUCUCGUGCGCAACUGCAAUGCAGAAAUCCUCAUCGAACACAUUCAGUCGGCGCCAGAUCGAAAAACAUUUCUGGAACGUCUGGCUGAAGUACAUGAAUGGCAACCGCAGUUUGGCAAAUCCGAGAUGUCCCGCUGGGCGCAGGUGCUGAACAUGUGUGAUGAUGUCCUGGCAGAUGCAGUAGCUUCCACUGAGGUGCCGGGUUCGCCGAUGGUGAUUGAUCAGAACGGCUCGAUGAUACCACACGUUUCGAUCGUCCUCUCAUUCACCUCCAUGCUUUUCGAGAACACUUUCACUCGAUCUGUUUACGGCUCCUCAGAUGUUAGUUCGUCUGUUGAAGCUGCUGGAUUCGUGCCACAUGGAAGUCGUCGUGGAAACUUUGCGUUUGCUGGUCGUGAUCGGCAAACGUUCGCGUUUCCUGUCGCAGCAUCUGCUUGA